UUGCAGAAUCGGCUUUAGAAAGUUUAUAUUCAACUAUGUACGGAAAUAUAUUUGGUGAAAUGUUGAUAAUAGUGAUAUUGUUGUUUGUGGCGAAAAGUGUUAUCAGCCUAGCUUCACCUCCAAGAGUGAUUUUACCCCACGGAGGUGUCCUUGUUGGGAAGCACAUGCAAACUUCAAACGGAAAAUUUGUCGACGCUUUCAUUGGCGUACCUUAUGCCAAACCACCAGUUGGAAAGUUUCGAUUUGCAUCUCCACAAAAGGCUGAUAGUUGGGAAGGAGAAAAGGUAACGGAUACGGACACAACAGUAUGUUUACAAUACAAUAAAUUCGAGCCUGGAAAUAUUGUUGGAAGUGAAGAUUGUUUGUAUAUUAAUUUAUAUACACCUACCAAUCGAACAAAAGUUGAUGAAUUCCCUGUUCUGGUAUGGUUCCAUGGCGGAGCAUUUGCUCUUGGCGGUUCUAAUUCUGAGGACACUGGUCCACAAAGAUUGUUAGAUAACGACAUAAUUCUAGUCACCGUUGCUUACCGACUUGGGGCCCUGGGAUUCCUCAGUACAGGGACGCUUGAUUCUCCUGGUAACUAUGGAUUGAAAGAUCAAGCAAUGGCACUGCAGUGGAUUCGAGAAAAUAUUAAAACAUUCGGUGGAAAUAUCAAUGACGUGAUCGUUGCUGGACAAAGCGCCGGAGGUGCUAGCGCAUCCUUUCAUUUAGUAUCACCUUUAUCGAAAGGCUUCUUUCAUAAAGCAAUCAUGCAUUCUGGGAACUAUUUCGAUUUUUGGACUAUUAUAGAUAGGAAAGUAGCUAUUGAGCGAACGAAAAAACUCGCGUCAUUAGUCAAUUGCACUACUGCGAACGGUUCUGAGGAAUUGGUUGGAUGCUUACGAGAAACGUCUGCGUUAGAUAUUGUUGCCACCUCAGACAAAUUUCUUGCUACUGUUACCGGUCAUCCCCUCACAGUCUUCGCUCCAGUUGUGGAGCCGAAGUGGGCAGGUGCUUUUCUACCGGAAAAUCCUCGCAUGUUGUCAAAAACAUACGGUCAUACAAUUCCUAUUAUUAUUGGUGUUACAUCUGACGAUGGCCUUAUGACUUCAGCAUCACUUAUUUAUACAUACAAUCAAGAAUUCAAGGACAACUUCAAAACUUUCCUCCCCGUAAUGAUUGGUUACGAUAAUCGACCGCCUAGGGUGCAAGAGAAAAUCACGCGACAGCUUGAUCAUUUCUACUUCAAUGGUGUCCAUAAUUGGAGCGUUCAGAAUCACCAAAAUUUAACGAACCUUCUCUCCGACGACCUUUUUUAUUCCGGAAUGGAUCGAUUUUUACGAAAUCGAUUUGCUGCAAAAAGAUUCGGACCAACUUAUGUUUAUGUGUUCGAUCAAAGAGGACCAAAAUCCUUUACGGAAUUAUUUGAAGGCGGACCUGAAUACUACGGAGUAGCACAUGCUGACGAUUUACCGUAUAUCUUCCCCAUGGAUCAACUUAAUAUAUCCCGGACGUAUUGCGAUAACCAAAUGCUAUAUGCCAUGCCAAAAAUGUGGACUGAUUUCAUGCGAACAGGAAACCCAACUCCCAACAAUUCACCCGUUCACCCUAAAUGGAUACCUGCUACAAAGUUUCCUUUGAAUUAUGCACAAAUAGGUAACAAAAACGGUGGACGAUCCUUGGAUUCUUAUUUAAAUGUUACCAAUACUUCAAUUGGUGCUGCCAGGGAACAAGACAAUGUUGCAGGUGACUUUCCCUGCAACAGCUACAAUGAUACAAGAAGCAACGAAAUGGCGUUCGGACCAAAGACUUGUGUCAUCAUUAGGAACAAAGUUAGUCUUGAACAGAGGCGAAUGAAUUUUUGGAGAAGCUUAGAAAGAUCACUUGCGUGGAAUUAGGGUAUCUAAAAUCUGAACAAAAAUCAACACAACAAUUCAUAUAAAUAAUAAAAAUGAAGGCGUUUUAAAUACACUUACCCUCAUAUGUUAGAUCUUAGAGCCGAAUUUAAUGUCUUUUUGGUGGGCUACCUAAAGUUUAUAAUUGUUUUCUCAUCAAAAUAUGUAAUUGUAUCUCGGUUGCAUUUUCUAAGAUUUAUCAAGACAAUUAUACACAAAUAAAGAGCUUCUUACGAACUAUUAAAUGUAGAUAAGUUGAAGUAAUGUAAUGAAGUCGACCUUUCCCGUUUGAGUUCUCCUGAAUUUUCCUACAUUUUAUAAUAUGUGUACAAUAUCUAUGACAUGCCAAAAAUUGAUAUCUGGGUUUUCCUACAAUUAUUUUUACGUUUCUAACACUUUCCGCAAGUAUUAUAAUGUUUGUAAUUGUUGAAUGAGCCAUGUAUUUAAAUUUUUAUGAAAUUUCAACAAACCAAUUUACAAUAUUUUAAAUAUUCCUGUUUAGUAAAGUUGUAUUUUAUAUUAUCUUCUUAGUAGAACCUAUCUUAAAUUGUCAGCAUCGAAUCUGUAAUGAUCACGCAAAUAGAGAAUACUUAAAUAUUUUUUCGCAUUGACUAUUGUCAAUCGCGGGGGUGGAGGUAUAGUCAUCCGAAAAACUAGUGAAUUUCAUCUGUUUAGAUUUGCCAAUUUCAUUUAAUUAUCCUUUGCGAUAAAUCAAUCAAUAAAAAUAAUAAAAAUAAACGGUUCAACAACGCGUGAGUCAUGUGCUAUCACUACCGCAUUUGUAAAAAAAACCACGAUUAUUAUUUAGAAGAUCCAGACAGCAGGACUCCCGUCUAGGACUUUUGGGUGCCGUUCAACUUAUCCUUCAGUUUCUGACUGUUUGCUACAUAUGUAUGUUCUGUUCCAACAUCCAUAUAUCAAUAAUGACGAUCGCCAUGUAGUUAGUUUACAUGGAACUGCCAUGAAG